AUGGAGGGUACCGCAAAUUUGGUGGUGUAUCGCAACGGUGAGAUAAUACGUAAUACUCAUGAGGGAGUGAGGUUUGUGUGUCAAAAUCCAUUUUCGUUUGUGGUUCCAUGCACCAUGACGUUAAUGGAGCUUCAGAAUGGUCUCUGUCAAAGCAUGGAGAACAGUACGUUAAUGAGAGUGAGCAGAAUUCUGUACCGGAAUCCGGUUAUAGUUUUUGGUGGUUUAAUACAGUUUGAUACCAUGCCAAUCACAGACGAAGUGAGUAUGCAGAAUAUGUUUCAAAUUCACCGGCAGACUCAGAUGCGACAGCCACAGAUUGAGCUGUAUGUUGAGUUUGAAACCGUAGAGGCGGAAGGAACUCAAAAUGAUUUAGAGGUGGCAGAUGAUAGAAACGCAGUGUAUGAGGGAAUGAAUAGUGACAGUGACGAGGACUUUGAAGCCACUUAUGAAGCCGGAGAUGAGGAUGAGGAUGGUGAUGUGGGAGUUGAGACAGCAGCGGAGAAUGUAGUGGUUCAUCCCUCGACCAGUCAACCGAUGAACGUGCCACGUUUUAUGCGUGAGGUGGAUCUCGACGCCAUGCAUGCACCGGAGUUUUCGGAAUAUUCAAACAUAGGCGUUGCUAAUCCUGAGGAUGGAGAGUUCCGGAUUGCAAUGGAAUACAGUUCUAGAAAGACGGUCGUGGCAGCAAUUAGAAGUUACACUAUCGCUAGAGGAGUUGACUACGACGUGUAUGAGUCUGAGCCACAGACGUUCUAUGCAAAGUGCAAAAUGUAUGCGCGUGGGUGCGAUUGGCUUAUCCGAGCCAGCUUGAUAAGGAAAAAAGGUUGUUGGGAGAUACGCAGAUACAACGGUCGGCACACGUGCUCAAUGGGAGUGAUUUCACAGGAUCAUUCGAAGUUGGACUCGGAUACAGUUGCGGAGGCUAUAAGGCCAUUGGUCGAGACUGACCCGUCCAUCAAGGUGAAAUCUAUAAUAGCCGAAGUCUAG